GGGCUGGGGUGAACAACCAAUCAGUACAGCUGGUCCAUCGCGCAGAUCUUAACCAAUAGCAAAUCGCCUUAGGCCAGCCGGCCCCUGGGAGGGCCUGCGGUAUGCCCACCAGCGAUCGCCCCCUAGAGGUGGCGUCUGCGUAGGCUUUAACUUGGAACGACGUGGAGGUUGGCCAAUUAGAUCGAAGCUUUAGCCCCGCCGCCCAAUCAGCUGCUCAGGGGGGCGGAGACAGCGGGAGCUCCUCUGUUCAGUGCCUGUCAGUGAGGAUUGUUUGUUGUCAUCAAGAUGGAGUUUUUAUUGGGAAAUCCGUACAGCACUCCGGUGGGGCAAUGUAUAGAAAAGGCCACAGAUGGCUCCCUGCAGAGCGAAGACUGGACCUUGAACAUGGAGAUCUGCGACAUCAUCAAUGAGACAGAGGAAGGCCCGAGGGAUGCCAUCCGGGCCCUGAGGAAGAGGCUGAAUGGAAACAGGAACUACAGGGAGGUGAUGCUCGCGCUGACAGUCCUGGAAACGUGUGUGAAGAAUUGUGGCCAUCGUUUUCAUGUUCUGGUAGCCAACCGGGAUUUCAUUGAUGGAGUCCUGGUUAAAAUCAUCUCCCCUAAAAGCAAUCCUCCGACUAUAGUGCAGGACAAAGUGCUGGCCUUGAUUCAGGCCUGGGCUGAUGCCUUCAGGAGCAGUCCGGACCUGACGGGAGUGGUCCAUAUUUACGAGGAGCUGAAGAGGAAAGGGAUUGAGUUUCCCAUGGCUGACCUGGACGCUCUCUCUCCCAUCCACACGCCGCAGCGGUUGUGCGCUUUGCAGAGUGUGCCUGAGGUGGACCCUGCCACUCACAUGCACAAGGCUCAGUCCCAGCCGCGCGCGGGCAGCGCCCCGCCUUUCUCCGGCACCCUGCCCCCCAGCUACUCCUCGCCGCAGGUCCCCAGCCUGCAGGUGUCGGGGCCCAUCACUGCCAACUCCGAACAGAUUGCCCGACUGCGCAGCGAGCUGGAUAUCGUACGUGGGAACACCAAAGUGAUGUCAGAGAUGCUGACGGAGAUGGUGCCCGGACAGGAGGACCCCUCAGACCACGAGCUCCUCCAGGAGCUGAACCGCACAUGUCGCGCCAUGCAGCAGCGGAUCGUGGAGCUCAUCUCCCGCGUCUCCAACGAGGAGGUGACCGAGGAGCUGCUGCACGUCAACGACGACCUCAACAACAUCUUCCUGCGAUACGAACGGUAUGAAAGGUAUCGGUCUGGCCGAGCGGCUCAGGGCGCCAACAAUGGGCUGAGGCAGGUCCUCAGUGAAGUGACCGAGGACAACCUGAUCGACCUAGGACCGGGGUCGCCCGCUGUGGUCAGUCCCAUGGUCAGUGCUGCUGCCCCAGCCUGCCAGCCUUCCCCUGCCCUCGUCUCCACACCCACCUCCCUGUCCACACAGCUCGCGGGGCUCGACAUCGGUACGGACAGUGUGUCUGGCGCCCUGAGCUCGCUUCCCACCUGUAACCCGCAUGAUGAGUUCGACAUGUUUGCACAGACGCGCACCAGCUCCCUGGCGGAUCAGCGCAAAAAUGUAAAGUAUGAAGACCCCCAAGCGCUGGGCAGCCUAGCUUCUGCUCUGGAUGUCAGACAGCAGAACACAGGAGGGCUGAGGUUAAAAGGUGGUAACCCAGACAUGGAACCAAUAGACAGCUGGCUUAUUACCCAAGGAAUGAUUCCUGUUGCGCAGUCCUCUGUCAUGGAUGACAUUGAGGAGUGGCUCUGUACUGACGUGAAAGGAGAUGAAGCAGACGAGGGAGUGACGAGUGAAGAGUUCGACAAGUUUUUAGAGGAGAGGGCCAAGGCAGCCGAGAUGAUUCCCAACCUGCCGUCGCCCCCUAGUGGUGACCCCGUUGCCCCCGCCACUGCACCCAGCGGCAGUCGGAAGAAAGCCGAGCGGUCAGAGGAUGCCCUCUUCGCCUUGUAGAUACUGUCUGCUAGUAACCGCCAGCCAUGACACCUCACCAACCCACCCCUCUGCUCACUCUCCUGUGGCCCCAUUUGCAAGCAGAGCUGAUGGACAGAACCACCCCCCUUCCCCGUGACCUCUCCUGUCCAGGACGCUGUCAUCUCCCCAUCUCCCCUCUGCCUGUUCUUGAACCUGCAGCGCCGCCGGGCCAGGCUCUUAUCUGGUUUCCUUGCCAACCAGAAAGCAGUACGCCUAACACUGUCCCAGGCGGAUGAUGAGAUGAUCCCUUCAUCGCUACCCGUUAGCUGCUCCAUCAGUCCCACUUUAUCCAACAGUUUAAACUGACACAUUUGCAGCUGUCUUUCGCAUUUCAGAAAAGAAAAAUAGAACUGCAGAACCUGUCUUAAUUUUUCUUGUUGUGCCUGUUGUCUGAGUCGGGCCUCCGAGCAGUCCUGGGAAGAGAGACCGAGGGAUAUUCAGGUGUCUUUCCUCCUUCAGAGUCCCUCAGUGAAAGAUAACACCUGGCCAGUGUGUUUUCCAAAAAUUAAAGGCAUGAGGGUGGGUAGAUUAGGUACCUGCAGUGAUCGCUUCUGUGAGUUUUUUUAAUGUUAGUUGCACCUAGUUCCUUGACCUUUUUUUUCAGUCUGAGUGAAUAAGCCCCUGAAGAGGAUAAUUCAUCAUUAUUAUUGUGCCGUUAUUAUUUACAUAUGGAGACUUACCCCAUGUUGAAGGUUUUCUAAGGUGAUUCUGCUUUUGGUUUUGGUACGGUGUAGCCAGUGUAUGUUUCCGUUAAUUACUUUUCGAGUUUUUUUUCCCUUCGUGUCUAAGACUGUAUUGAGCAGGGCAGCUCUACGAAGAGAAUGUGCGUCUGGAGGGUUUUAUCCAGUGUCCUUCACAUACAGCCUACCUGUCUGUUCUUGAACGGUGGAGACGGGCAGUGUUAUUUCCCAGACACUGAUUUGCUGUCAUAUGAAUGAAACAGGACUUCAGUUAAUCUGUGCACUACACACCCCGCUGAUGUGCAGCGGUGGAACCUUAAGGUUAUAGAGAGUGGCCGUUACACGACCUUUUUGAAGGGCCCUGCUUGUGUGCAGCUGACUCCUCCACCCCCUCGGCACCCCCUCGGCCAGCGUGCUCUCACAGCUGGGUCUGAUGUUGCUCAGGGCAACACAGGACUUUUCCCCAGGCAGGAUUUUAAAAGGGAAUGCAAAGCCGGUAGAGUGACCUUCGAAUUCUCAGAACGUGAUUCUUGUUGUUUUUUUUUCCUGUAAGGCGUAUGAGGUCUUUCCUCGCUUUGUGUAUAUUUGUAAAUACUGUAACUGUAUUAGUAAAUUCAGCUAACUGGAAUGUACGUUGAUCAGCAUUUAACCCACAGCAAAUGCAGUUUGAGAAAAGCCAUGGUACACAGGGCACCUACAUCUCCAGCCUCAGUGUUUUAAAUGCACUCUUAAAUAUUUAGCACAAGAUUUGUUUUCACAGAGAAAAAUAAUUCUGAAGAGGAGCCAGGGCAGUUUCCUUUGUUUGACAACAGUUGUGUCAAAGCAUCAGAUAUUUUAUCUAAUUGAGUUUGAAAGGGGUUUGUUAUAUAUUAGGGUCUAGCCUAUUCCCAUUAAAUAGUCUUGUGGGAUUUCUCGGUGUGAAUUUUAAAAGGGACAUUUGUAUAAAUGUGAUUCAUUAUUUUUAAAAGAAAAAUAUUUUCCCUGUUUUGAAGCCUGUCAGUUGGCAGUGUUUCAGUAGUCGUAGAUGAGAUUACACAACUACCAUCUGUAAUUCUUUCUGGACUCUUGACCUGCUAUUUUUAAAGGUUUUGUGCAAAGUGGAUUCAUGUCAGUGGAAAGGACAAACCAGCCUGAGAUGCUUUUAGAUGGGAAAGCCAGGGAGAUGUAAGCAGAGGCUUGGGGCGUGGUUUCUACACCAGGGUGAAGCAGAGAAAUGACAGAUUAACCAUUCUGCAGAAGAUUUAACAAAAAGUUUCAAAGGAGAGUAUCUUUCUGUGCAGGACUGUGAAACCUCGGAAAUGGGCAAUAAGUGAUAAUGAUGAGCUUUACCCUUCACUGCCUGAAAGCACACUUGCAUCACUGCUGUGUCGACCAUCCCUACUGUACUGUCUUCACUGAGUCAGAGUGCAUUCUGACCUUUCACCUGGACUCAGUCCGUAUGGAAUAUGUGGAUUUACAAAGUAUGGAUAUACCAGAGCUGGGAAAUACUGAUUAGAUAACAGACUGAUAUUGUGCCGAUGUGCUUGGAAACCUUAAGAAAUAGCAUUAAAGCAGUGUGCUCUACUGUAGAUGUUUAUCCACAGAGUUAGAUCUAUUUGAGCAUGAAAUAAGAGACGAUGCUAAAAUAGAUGUGCAUUUCAGCUAUUUAUUAACGUGUGUUAAUUGUAACAGAACUAUUAAAUUGGAUAGUGGAAGAUAAGCUAUUGAUGUACUGUAUACAUUUUAAUAUAAGAGAACACCGCAAAGCUGUCUUAGUUGGUGGUGUCACCAGUGUUUCUUGAACUGUGUCAUAAAUGACGUCUUUGAGGGAAAACAAUUAAAAGUACUGAACAAAAUGCCCUGUGUGUCCAAUAUCAAAACGUCCUCAGAUGUAGUCCCUUACACAGUAACACAUGGGUCUAUCAGUGUAUGAAAAGUAAAAUAUGUAUUUUAGGAGAGGUAUCUGAGUUUUGUGGUUCUAAGAGAAGAAUGCUUAAAUAGAGAAAUUGUACAUCAAGCUAAAAGCCUUAGAACUCAAAAUGCGGAUCAGGUGGUAAAAAAGCAAUGAGAUGAAAAUGUCAUUAAGCGAUGAUUUGAGGUGGGCUGUGGGUUUAGUGUAGAUAAUCAUUACAGCUGUGCUAAACAUAGCGAACAGUCUGUCUUUUUCACAGCUUUUUGGGCCAUAACUCUUCAGUCAUGGUAUUGAAGAACAGGCGUUUUGCCAUAGUGACUGUGGCUACUGUGGAGAUGCAGCAGUAGUGCCACAUGUAGCAUGUAGGCUUGUAGCAUUUGUAAUAAAUGAAAAUCAGAAGCAGGAAAGAAAUUAGUUCCUGGGCUGUUCAUUCUUUUCCAACAUGCUUCUUAACUUUGCAGACAUGAAUUUCUUGUACAGUGUAUUGUAAAUCCAUUUUUGCUGAGAUAAAAGAUAUAACACUAUCAGAAAAGUUCCUAAUUUUAACUUUUAUUAUAGAGAGCUCUAUAAAAAUCAUUCUGGUUGCUUGCAGCUGAGACAUUUAUCUUUAUAUCUGUAAUCACUUAGAACAUUAGAAAAUCUUUUAAUAAGAUUAAUUUAUUGUUUUUAAUAUUCUUUGCAAGUAUCAGCAUUAGGGAAAAUGUUUUACAAGAUUAAAAAGAAAGAAAUGAAAGGUUCUUGUAUUUGUGUUAAAUGUGUAUAACUCUUCAUGUUUGUGUGCACUAGCUGGGUCGCACUCUUCCACAAAGUUUAUUGGAUCUAAUUUUGUUUUGUUUGUUUUUUUAUUUGAAAAAAGUAAUGUACCUUAGCUUUUAACCUUGCAACAGAGUUGAGGAGCUGUGAUAUCUACAAGACUAAACUGACAUAUAGAAGUGUAACUGCUUAUUUCCUUUUAUUUGAGCCUAGUGGUCUGUGCUACGCAGUUUGAGCCUGGAGAGUGCGCUGAUGUUCUGAGAAACUUCAAAUCACUUUGGUUCUCUUUAAAAUGUAAUAUCUGACAUCUCUGGGCGUAUUUUUGUCUAUCAGUUUUUUAACAGAAUUCAUCAUUUGCUGGUAAAUGUUUGUGUUGCAGAGUUAACCAGUGGUGUUAAAAAGAGAAACAGCACAAGAUUCCUGGGAGUUACGUACGUUUUGAGAAAUUGAUACACAUCUUCGCAAAUACAGUAUGUCUUUUGACACGGAAGUUAACACAUUGUGCUGAUUUUGUUUAAUGCACCUAAUGAUGUUCUGUGUAACUGAAAACAGUUCUGUGCCUGACGUCAGGGGGUAGAAUCUUGGAAGUGAAAGUGGCUGGAUGAAGGUCUUGACUCACCUGAAGGUGUCAGGUGCAUUCUGGAAGCUGUUCUGCCUGCUUCCUGAGUUCUGCACCUGAGCUUACCCUUAGGGCAGCAGGGACCCAGAGAGAACAGUCUUGUCAUGUGUGUGUAAUGGCCUGUCCUUACUGCUGCUGUUACCGAAGUUUCGCGCUGUGCUGUACGAACUCUUGCAUGUGUUAAACUCCAAUAAAACACUACCAGUGUGAUCUGUA